GGCUGCGGAAGGGGCGGGCCUAACCUGCAGGAAGUACGGGGUUGAUGGCUGUGUUGUUGAUCGGCCUGUAGCGGCGAGUCCUGGCCAGAUCCCCAUUUACCCUUAGCCCAGCCUCGUUCCGGACCCCAGACCGGACCGGCACACUCUGGGAGAGACGGCGGCGGCGACUCUCCCCUUGCCGCCAUGCACGACGCUUUCGAGCCAGUGCCGAUCCUAGAAAAGCUGCCUCUGCAAAUCGACUGUCUGGCUGCUUGGGAGGAAUGGCUUCUUGUGGGAACCAAACAAGGACAUCUUCUUCUCUAUAGGAUUCGGAAGGACAUUGUGCCAGCAGAUGUAGCGUCACCUGAAAGUGGCAGUUGCAACAGGUUUGAAGUGACACUAGAGAAAUCCAAUAAGAACUUCUCCAAAAAGAUUCAGCAGAUCCAUGUGGUUUCCCAGUUUAAGAUUCUGGUCAGCUUGUUAGAAAAUAACAUUUAUGUCCAUGACCUAUUGACAUUUCAACAAAUCACUACGGUUUCAAAGGCAAAAGGAGCAUCACUGUUUACAUGUGACCUCCAGCAUACAGAGACUGGUGAGGAGGUGUUGCGGAUGUGUGUGGCAGUGAAAAAGAAGCUGCAGCUCUAUUUCUGGAAGGACAGGGAAUUUCAUGAAUUGCAGGGGGACUUUAGUGUACCAGAUGUGCCCAAGUCCAUGGCGUGGUGUGAAAAUUCGAUUUGUGUGGGUUUCAAGAGAGACUACUACCUAAUAAGGGUGGAUGGAAAGGGGUCCAUCAAAGAGCUCUUUCCAACAGGAAAACAGCUGGAGCCCUUAGUUGCACCUCUGGCUGAUGGAAAAGUGGCUGUGGGCCAAGAUGAUCUCACCGUGGUACUCAAUGAGGAAGGGAUCUGCACACAGAAAUGUGCCCUGAACUGGACGGACAUACCAGUGGCCAUGGAGCACCAGCCUCCCUACAUCAUCGCAGUGUUGCCUCGAUAUGUGGAGAUCCGAACAUUUGAACCAAGGCUUCUGGUCCAAAGCAUUGAAUUGCAAAGGCCUCGUUUCAUUACCUCAGGAGGAUCAAACAUUAUCUAUGUGGCCAGCAAUCAUUUUGUUUGGAGACUCAUCCCUGUCCCCAUGGCAACCCAAAUCCAACAGCUUCUCCAGGACAAGCAAUUUGAAUUGGCUCUGCAGCUCGCAGAAAUGAAAGAUGAUUCCGACAGUGAAAAGCAGCAACAAAUUCAUCACAUCAAGAACUUGUAUGCCUUCAAUCUCUUCUGCCAGAAGCGUUUUGAUGAGUCCAUGCAGGUCUUUGCUAAACUUGGCACAGAUCCCACCCAUGUGAUGGGCCUGUACCCUGACCUGCUGCCCACAGACUACAGGAAGCAGCUGCAGUAUCCCAACCCAUUGCCUGUGCUCUCGGGGGCUGAACUGGAGAAGGCGCACUUAGCUCUAAUUGACUACCUGACACAGAAACGAAGUCAACUGGUAAAGAAGCUGAAUGACUCUGAUCACCAGUCAAGCACCUCCCCACUCAUGGAAGGCACUCCCACCAUCAAAUCCAAGAAGAAGCUGCUACAAAUCAUCGACACCACCCUGCUCAAGUGCUAUCUCCAUACGAAUGUGGCCCUGGUGGCCCCCUUGCUACGCCUGGAGAACAAUCACUGCCACAUCGAGGAGAGCGAGCACGUGCUGAAGAAGGCUCACAAGUACAGUGAGCUGAUCAUUCUGUAUGAGAAGAAGGGGCUCCAUGAGAAAGCUCUGCAGGUGCUUGUGGACCAGUCCAAGAAAGCCAACUCCCCUCUGAAAGGCCACGAGAGGACAGUGCAGUAUCUGCAGCAUCUGGGCACAGAAAACCUGCAUUUGAUUUUCUCCUACUCAGUGUGGGUGCUGAGAGACUUCCCAGAAGAUGGCCUGAAGAUAUUUACUGAAGAUCUCCCAGAGGUGGAGUCUCUGCCACGUGAUCGAGUCCUCGGCUUCUUAAUAGAGAAUUUUAAGGGUCUGGCUAUUCCUUAUCUGGAACACAUCAUCCACGUUUGGGAGGAGACAGGCUCUCGGUUCCACAACUGCCUGAUCCAGCUGUACUGUGACAAGGUGCAAGGUCUGAUGAAGGAGUAUCUCCUGUCCUUCCCUGCAGGCAAAACCCCAGUCCCAGCUGGAGAGGAAGAGGGUGAGCUGGGAGAAUACCGGCAAAAGCUCCUCAUGUUCUUGGAGAUUUCCAGCUACUAUGAUCCAGGCCGGCUCAUCUGUGAUUUUCCCUUUGAUGGCCUCUUAGAAGAACGAGCUCUCCUGUUGGGACGCAUGGGGAAACAUGAACAAGCUCUUUUCAUUUAUGUCCACAUCUUGAAGGAUACAAGGAUGGCUGAGGAGUACUGCCACAAACACUAUGACCAAAACAAAGAUGGCAACAAAGAUGUAUAUCUGUCCCUGCUUCGGAUGUACCUGUCGCCCCCCAGCAUUCACUGCCUGGGGCCAAUCAAACUGGAACUGCUGGAGCCAAAAGCCAACCUCCAGGCUGCCCUGCAGGUCCUCGAGCUACACCACAGCAAACUGGACACCACCAAGGCCCUCAACCUUCUGCCAGCAAACACUCAGAUCAAUGACAUACGCAUCUUCCUGGAAAAGGUCUUGGAAGAAAAUGCACAAAAGAAACGGUUCAAUCAAGUGCUCAAGAACCUUCUCCAUGCAGAGUUCCUGAGGGUCCAGGAAGAGCGGAUUUUACACCAGCAGGUAAAGUGCAUCAUCACAGAGGAGAAGGUGUGCAUGGUGUGUAAGAAGAAGAUUGGGAACAGUGCAUUUGCAAGAUACCCUAAUGGAGUGGUCGUGCACUACUUCUGUUCCAAAGAGGUAAACCCAGCUGACACUUGAGCCCAGCAUCCUGGGGAUCCAGCCGAUGGACAGCUUGGCUCUCCCAGAGAGGAGAAGGAGCGCCUGCCCUUAGGAAUCCUGUCUGCCACCACCACAGGGCUCCCGAUUUGGACACUACUGGCUGUCUUGUGCCCUGGAACAACUCUGAAUUCAUUAGACUCAUGGUCUGGCAUUGCCAGCUUUUUAAUGGGAAAAGAGAUUAGUUAUACCUUAUACCUUUAUGCUGUGGGCAAUUCCAGAGAAUUCGGUGUCUGCCUGGACAGGAGGAGGCGCACCAUCUUGCCUUUGAAUACCAGUCACCUGCAAAGCUUGUCAAAAAUGUUCGUAACCAUGGCGUUGUUCUUCAAGGGCUUUUCUAUUGAGAUAAGUGCACGAUUUCACAAGGACCCCUUAGCGUGGCUCACCGGAGAAUUCCAUGAGAGAACAGUGCUGAAGCUUCUGGCCGCAUGGACCCGACGGCUCGCGGUGUGUGUAGCGCAUUAUGUCCCCAGGGUAGCCAUGCCCUGUUAGUUUUCAGUCUCCUUUUCUUUCUCACCACGUAUCACUCCCCUCACUGCCCUACGCAGGCUUUCUCUCCCACUUCCCUGACUCUGGGAAUAAUGAUAUUUAAGCAAGGUAAGAUGAGAAGCUAGGGGAAGUCUCAGUUCCUUGGAAUACAGUGAGAGUUGAUUGUCGAGUAUGUUGUAAAUAGAUCCUCUUUGGCCAUUCUCUGCCUAGGAAAGGCCCUGCAUCCCUCUCCUCAGGCCAAGCUGAGUGUGAUGGCAGCUCCUGAGGAUGGUCCUGCCCUGUCUGGGGUAUGUGUGAUCCCUAGGCACAUGUUCCCGCAGUGGUCCCUACUCCAGCUUCGCUCACCAGACACUCAGGCGGGCUGGCUUAGUCUUUGUGAGUGGACUUUGUGCUCUGGGCCUUUUCUCUUUUUCCAGCCAGUUUCCGUUCACUUACCUCACAGCCUGUCCUGGCCGUCGUUCCCCAGCUUUGUUUGGCAGCAGUGUGGUAGGAGGAUUGUGCUGGGAUAGUGCAGGAAGGUGGGUCCCAGCAACACGCAGGGGAUGAGUGGAGCGAGAACUGACAAUGGUGUGAUGCCAAGUGUUCUUGAGAGGCUACAGGCAUGGCAGAGGAUGUGGGGGCAGGAACAGCAGCACGCUGGUUUAAAAAUAACUCACCGCCAAACCUGGGAAGCAGUGUCGGGGAUCCUGACGGAUGUGUGGGGGCUGGAGUUUCAGGCACUGCAGGCUGAGGACACACAGGGACAGUGGUCCUGCCAGCAGUGUGUGGUGCCACGUCCCCACUGGCCAUACCCACACAGAAGCAGUGCUGCCUGGGGCCUCGUCCAGGCCAGCUCGGACUCUGCUUCCUCCAGGAGCGGCAAGGAAGCAUUGGGCCACCUCUCUGGAGAGCAGGAACUUGCCCUGCCACAUGAGCCCUGCCUUCCUGGCCAGCUGUGCUUGUAUCUUCCAUUCUCACGAACUGUGUUUGAAGCAAUAGAAUAAAGAAUGUGUGUUUUCUUUCCUGGUAUACAUACACAACCCCAUACUCCCAAACUUCAUUCUUCCUUCCCUCAACUGUCUGCCCUCCACAGAGUUCUGGAGAAGGCUGGAGAUGAAAGUUUUGUAGCGAGGACUGAUAAAGGUCUCAUCACUGCUCCUCAUAACAAACCUAAUAAAGCAAGAAACCAA